AUGCACUGUGUGUUUACAUGUGUUUCAUCGUAAUCGGGUUUUAACAAUUUCUCCAUCGAUAUUUAAUUUUACGUUAAUCUGCCGAUUGAUGCAGUCACCCGCAGCGUCGAUGCGCCCUUUGCUACGUGCCUUCUCCAUAGCGUCCAAACAGCAUAUUGACAUGGUCGAUCCGAUGAAAGUCGAGAUGGUGCUCUCAGAGAGCAAUCGCAAGGCUUGCAUCAAAAAAUUCAAAUCAUUCCCGAUGCCAAAGUUGCGUAAUGUAGCAGAAGCAGCUGUGUUGGUCCCAUUAUGUUUACAUAAAGGAGAACUCGGAUUCUUAUAUACUCUGCGAUCCAUGAAACUUACAUCCAAUCGGGGACAAGUGUCCUUCCCGGGUGGCAUGCGUGACAAAAGUGAUGUUGAUCUGCAAGAAACUGCUUUACGAGAGACUUGGGAGGAGUUGAAGAUUCCCAGGGAGAAGAUCGACGUGUGGACUACAGGGAAUCUCAUCGGCAAAUCUGACGUUAAUGUGAUGCCGGUUCUAGCCUACAUUGGCGAGGUGGUGCCAAAAGAACUGGAAAUCAAUCCUGAUGAGGUAGAAGAAGCGUUCGUAGUUAGCCUGCAAAAAUUGUGCGAUCCUAAGCUGAUUAGUUUCACGAGUUUCCGCCGAUCACUUGUGACCCUGCCAUGUUACCUGGGUGGAAAAUAUCGUGUCUGGGGUUUUACCGGCGCUAUCACUCACAUGGCUCUCGAAUGCUUAGUGCCGCAAGUGUACAAAUACAAGUUCUUGUCAAUACAACCGAUGCAGAAGAAUGAAUCUGAAAAGAAAAAAUCGGUUUCUUCCGAUUAUGAUGCAACCCGUUCGAAAAUAUGAAGAGUAGAGUAGAAUAAAAUGCUAGAAUAAGAUAUAUUAAGAACUACGGAAUUUUAAUAAAUUCAAAUUUCGAUACUGAUAGAUUUCCAUACAUAACAAUUAGGUAAUAAUUACGAUAAAAGUUAUUAGUGAUGUGAUGGAAAUAAUAUUUUUUUACUAAAUUGAAAAUUGAAUACAUUAAAAUUACGCAGAUCUUAAGUCCGUGUAUAAAUUGUCAAAUAGUCGAUCUAUCAAAACUUCGUUUGGAAUUGAGGAAUUAGAAUUCGUUCCAUUCUAAUUCCGUAAGUUUGAGCGGAAUAGAAUUUAGAUAUUUUCUUAAACAUGUUCGUUAUAAAAUUUGUUGCAGAUUUUAUACAUUAUUUGUGAUUUUAACGAUUAUGGUUAAGGAAAAAUAAAAUAUUAUAAAAUAAAAUAUACUAGGAAAAAUAAAA